AUGCUAAAGGGUAGGUUCUACAUUUCUAGGCAUGUAGUGUUUGAUGAAUCUAGAUUUCCCUACCCUCAUUUGUCUUUAUUACCUAAGAACAACCCUGUACCAUCUUCUUUCUCUCAGUCAUUAUCAUCUCUUCCAUUCACAACUUUGGAUCAUCUCUUAGUUCCAUCUCCACCAACACACUUAUCUCCACCAUCAGCCUCUUUAUCUACUGAGAUAAUAUCUUCACCCUCAGUUUCUUCUCAGUCGAUUACUGCUACUACAAGUGGUGCUCCUCAACUCCCUGUGGACUCUGAUUUUAGUCCUGAUUUACUUCAAGUGGUGUUACCAAUUGCUCCCCUUAAUUUGCAUCCUAUGCAAACCAGAAGUAAGAAUGGCAUCAUCAAGAAGAAAGUGUUUUUGAGUCAUGUUGCUGAUUCUAGCAAUGUUGAUUUAACUUUGGUAGAACCUGCAACAUACAAAUCUGCAAUGAAAGUACCAGUUUGGUUUCAAGCUAUGCAGGAAGAAAUUGAUGCAUUGCAUCAUCAACACACUUGGAGUCUUGUACAUUUGCCUCUUAAUAAGAAUCUUGUUGGCUGCAAAUGGGUUUUCAAACUCAAAAAGAAUUCAGAUAGAACAGUGGCUCGGCAUAAAGCUCGACUUGUUGCAAAGGGGUUUAGUCAAGAGCCUGGCUUGGAUUAUGGUGAAACCUUUAGUCCAGUGGUUAAACCAACCACUGUGAGGUUAGUUCUAGCUUUGGCAGCUCAUUUUAAUUGGAAUGUUCGACAAUUGGAUGUCAAGAAUGCGUUUUUACAUGGAUUUUUAAAUGAAGAAGUGUAUAUGGCCCAACCCCCUGGUUUUGGAGAUGCUGCCCAUCCUGAAUUAGUUUGUAAACUUCACAAGUCACUGUAUGGGUUGAAACAGGCUCCUCGAGCCUGGAAUGACAGAUUUACAAGCUUUCUUCCCUCUCUUGGGUUUCAAUCCACUUAUUCAGAUUCUUCUCUAUUUGUUAAGAUAGUUGGUAGUGAUAUUGUGGUGCUUUUACUCUAUGUUGAUGAUAUCAUUAUCACUGGUAGUUCUUCUCCACUUAUUCAACAGGUGAUUCAUUCUUUAACCGCUGAAUUUGAUAUCAAGGACUUGGGUGCGCUUCAUUAUUUUCUGGGAAUUCAGGUUACCAAAACUGCUCAGGGGUUAUUUCUUUCCCAAUCUAAAUAUAUUCAGGAUUUGUUGCAGAAAGUUGAGAUGAUGGAUGCUAAAGCUUGUGAUACUCAUUGCUUACCUAAUAAUAGGUUACUUAAGGAUGAUGGUACUCCUUACAACAAUCCCACAGUUUAUCGCACUGUUAAGCGGAUUUUGAGGUAUCUCAAGGGGACAUUAUCUGGUGGCAUGGCCUAUACUCGGGGAGAUUUGACACUGAAAGCAUUCAGUGAUGCAGAUUGGGCUGGUGAUCCCAAUGAUCGGAGGUCCACUACUGAAUACAGAGCUAUGUCUACUACAUCUACCGAGCUGGAUUGGAUUCAACAGGUGCUGGAAUUUAUGCAUGUCAAGUCUGCUAGUACUCCUGUUCUCUUAUGUGACAAUCUUUCUGCCAUAGCGUUGUCCUUUAAUCCCGUUCAACACCAACGCACGAAACAUAUUGCGAUUGAUGUGCACUUUGUGCGUGAAAGGGUCGCUAAGAGGCACCUCUCUUUCGGUGUCAUUGUUUCAACCUCAUGCUUGGAUCAUCCAAUCAUGAGUUUGAGGGGGCAUGUAAGGAUAUAG